AUGAGUUUGGAUUUUUGUUCUCAACAUCUUCUUGCAUAUGACAAUUCCCUGAUUGUAUCUGAAAAUGAGAUAAAGGCCAAGGUUGAAGAAAACUUUGCUAUCGUUAUGAAAAAAAUAAAUGAAUUAAAAAAUGAAAGGAAUGAUGAUGGAGAAUUAUUUUAUAAUCUAACACAAGAUAAUGUAUUUAAUUUGCCAAGAUAUUCAAAAAUCCCUCAAGCCAAAAAACCAACAAGAUGGGAAUUAUUUGCACAAACAAAAUUAAAAAAGAAACAAAAUAAACAUGGGUUAAUUUACGAUGAAAAUAGUAAAGGAUGGGUAAGAAGAUUUCAAAAAAAACAAAUAAAAAUAAAUAAAGAAAAAUCAAAUUUUGUUCAUGAAUAUAAACCAAGUGAUAAUAUUUAUGAAGAUCCAUUUGAAAGAAUGGAAGAAGAAAAAGAUAUUAAAAAAAUGAAACAAAAAAUGAGAGAAAUGAAAAAUAAAUUUGAACAACAAGGGGUUUCAUCACAAGAUAUAAAAUAUAUACAAAAACAAAAAAGAAAACGGGAAAAUCUUAUUGACAAUCUUAAAAUGGCACAAAUUUCUUCUUCUACAUUCGGACGGUAUGAUAAAAAACUUAAAAAAGAAAAAAAACUUAAAGUAAAAAGUAGUAAAAUAAUAAACCAAAAAUCUGAAAAACGUUUAUUAAAAGAUGAGAUAAAUCAAAAUAACAGAUUGGCAGAAAUUGUUUUAAAAUCUCUUUAA